AGGGCAUUAGUUGGACUUUUACACUCUAUUCGAGGAUUAUAUUAUUUCGAUUUCAGGUUAAGAGAUGGCACCUAGGAGAAGAAGUGUCAAUGCUCUUGGAACUGAUCAACCAGCUGCUAAUCGUAGAGUUCCCCCUGUUCCUAUACCCCCUACCGCACCACCUGUUGCUCCAAUCGUUCCUGAAGCACCAGGAGUUGUUCCUACUGCACCAGCCGCAUAGGUUUUACAGUCAUUGUUGGGAUUACUGAACAAUCAUGUAGCCCCACAACCAGCAGUUCACCCAACUUUAACUUUGGAUAGAGGUUCCUUAUUUGAGAGGUUUAUGAAGGCAAAACCUCCAGAAUUUCACGGAACAGUGGACCCUACGGAGGCAGAGGCAUGGGUACUAGAGAUGGAGAAAAUAUUUGAUGUUCUUGGUUGUUCAGCAGACCAGAAGGUGGCCUUCGCAGCUUUUAGGUUCAAGGGUCAAGCAGAGCAUUGGUGGCGCAUGGUGAAGCGUCAAUAUGAGGGUAGAGAAACAGAGCUAGUGUGGAGCAAGUUUCUAGAAUUGUUUAAUGAGAAAUACUUCCCUGAAGCGGUGCGAAGGCAGAAGCAAGUGGAUUUUCUCAAUUUGAAGCAAAAUGACAUGUCAGUGGCUCAGUAUGAAGCCAAGUUUGCAGAGUUGUCGAGGUAUGCCCCACGUCAGGUGGCCAUAGAGGAAGAUAGAGUGAUGUUGUUUGAGAAUGGCUUGCGGUCAGAGAUCUAUGCAAAAGUAGCUAUUUUGGAGAUGAAGACAUAUUCUGCAUUGGUAAGCAAGGCAUUACUAGCUGAAAGUGGAGUAGAAGAGGAAAAGAGAGCUGAGGAACAAAAGGCUAAGGAACCACAAAACAAGAGACUUAGAGAGGAGAGACAAGUAGAGCAACGUGGUGGUGGUAGCAAUCCUAGCAAGAAGCCUUACACCCAAGGUCAGGUUAGCAAUGGCAUGAGACAGCAGAAUCGGAGGAAUUGUGAUAGAUGUGGUAGGUCACAUUCUGUUGGGUAUAAUUGUGAUGGCACAGCUCGAAUAUGCUUUAAGUGUGGCAAGCCUGGGCAUCUCUCUGCACAAUGUAGGUCUAAGGGACUGGGAGGUCAGUCAAUAGCACAGUCAUUUCAGGGGCAAGGGCAGAGACGAACUUUUUAUAGCGGUGGGUUUAACCAGAAGCAGAAUAAUGGCAAAAGUGGGACUACCCAAGGUCAGACAUCCGGGAAUGGGACUCAGGAAAAGAAGUCAACAGCUACCCAAGGACGUGUUUAUGCUCUCACUAGAGAGGAGGCUGAGGUUGCUCCAUCUGUGGUGCAAGGUACACUCCUUAUAUCAUUUGUACCUGUCAGAGUUUUAAUUGAUUCAGGAUCUACACAUUCUUUUGCUGCACCUAAGUUUCUACGUUGCUUGUCUAUUCCUUGUGAGCCUUUGGAUGCAUGUAUUGCUGUGUCUACUCCAUUAGGAGAAACAGUAGUGUUAGGGGAUGUUUGUAGAUAUUGUGAGAUAAAGUUAGAUGGUAGAAUUUUUCCAGUGGAUUUGAUUUCUUUAGAGAUGAAGGAUUUUGAUGUGAUUUUGGGGAUGAAUUAGUUAACGAAGCAUCAUGCCUCUAUUGAUUGUUUUAGAAAGAGGGUAGUUUUUGCUAUGCCAGGGCAACAUGAGUUUUUCUUUUAGGGAGAUGUGAAAGGGUCUUCUAUCUAUUUUACUUCUUCCUUUUAGGCUAAUCGAAUGUUAAGUAAAGGGUGUCAUGAUUAUUUAGCUUGUGUGGUGAGUAUUGAACUGCCAAAAUAGAAGUUAGAGGAGUUGCCUGUUGUGAGUGUUUGUGUUGAUGUUUUUCCAAAGGAUCUACCUGGACUUCCUCUAGAUCGCGAGGUAGAAUUUUCCAUUAACUUGGUCCCCAACACAACACUUAUUUCUAAAGUGCCCUAUAUAAUGGCACCAUUGGAGUUGAGGGAGUUUCAAACUUAGUUAUAGAAGUUGUUAGAGAAAUGUUUUAUUAAGCCUAGUGUUUCACCUUGGGGAGCACCUGUGUUGUUUGUGAAGAAGAAUGAUGGGUCUAUGAGGUUGUGUAUUGAUUGUUGAGAACCGAACAAAGUCACAGUGAAGAAUAUGUAUCCUUUGCCACGUAUUGUUGACCUAUUUGACCAAUUGUAGGGAGUUCAAGUAUUCUCUAAGAUUGACUUGAGUUUAGGCUAUCACCAGUUGAAAGUAAGGGAUGAGGAUGUUCCUAAGACAGCUUUUAGAUUCCAUUAUGGGCAUUAUGAGUUCUUGGUGAUGCCUUUUGGUCUCACAUACGCACCAACCGCAUUCAUGGAUUUAAUGAACAUACUAUUUAAACCCCAGCUAGAUAAAUUUGUGGUAGUGUUUGUUGAUGACAUCCUAAUUUAAUCGAGUAAGGAGGAACAUGAGCAGCAUUUGAGGGUAGUACUGCAGAUCCUCAGGGAGAAGAGAUUGUGUGAAAAAUUUAAGAAGUGUGAAUUCUGGUUAAGCAGUGUAUCCUUUUUGGGUCAUGUGGUGAGUAAAGAUAGGGUAUCUGUGGAUAGCACAAAGGUGGUAGAAAAUCGUUGAUUGGCCACGACCUACUUCUGUGAUAGAGGUACGUAGCUUUCUAGGGUUUGCUGGGUAUUACAGAUGGUUUGUGGAAGGAUUUUCCCGUAUUGCUUUGCCACUUACCAAUCUCACCAGGAAAGGGGUAAAGUUUGAGUGGAAUGAUGAUUGUGAGCGUAGUUUCCAAGUGUUUAAAUAGAGAUUGACAUCAGCUCCAAUCCUUGCCUUACCUACAGAUGGAGGUGGUUUUGUGAUUAUAGUGAUGUUUCACGACAGGGUUUAGGAUGUGUGCUCAUGCAGCAUGGGAAGGUGAUUGGUUAUGCAUCACGACAGUUGAAAGUACAUGAGAGAAACUAUCGUACGCACAACUUAGAGUUAGCAGCAGUGAUUUUCGCUCUUAAGAUCUGGCGGCAUUAUUUGUAUGGAGAGUCAUGUGAGAUUUACACUGAUCAUAAGAGUUUGA